AUGGUCUCGGUAAGAGACGGCAACGAGGGCCCAUUGGUGUUUGCCGGUGACGGAGAAAGUGAGAGGAUCACUUACCGUGUGAAGGAAGUAGGGUACGUGGCGGUCUUUUAUUGGCUGACGGGUUUAGCGAGAGAAGAAGAAGAAAUGGCGAGUGUUUCUAGGGUUUUCGGAGCUUGCAGGGUGUUGAUGGAGAAGGCUGCUUCUUCUUCUACCUCCGGCAUUAGCAGUGGUAGAGAAGGUAAAGGCAUUCUCAAGGUGUUGCCCGUUUCGGAGCCGCUCGCUAAGUUUAUUGGGGCCAACGAAGUCGCUCGUACAACCGCAGUUAAGAAAAUCUGGGAGCACAUCAAGCUUAACAAUCUCCAGAAUCCGGAAAACAAGAGGGAGAUACUAUGCGACGGGAAGCUGAAGACGAUAUUCAACGGGAAAGACAAGGUUGGGUUCCUCGAGAUUGCCAAACUUCUCUCUCAGCAUUUUCGCAAGGCUGCUUGA